CAAAUUACUCAAUCCAAACAUAAUAAGUUGUUUUCUUUCGCUUCGCUCUCACCUCUUCCACUCUCUCUUCUUCUUUUCCGCAAACUGACCAUUGCUUAACGCUGUGUUCUGUUGCGGCGGUUUUGAGGAGUGAUUUGAAAAGAAAGGGAAAAAUUAGGUAUCGAUGGCGGCUCAUUUGAUCCGAGAAUGGACUGGUAUUCAACAGUUCCCUACUGCCACCAAGACCAAAUUGUUUGAUUUUCUUGGAAAACUCAAGCAGGAGAAUGUGAGCACCUUGACAAUUCUUGUGAUGGGGAAAGGCGGUGUUGGAAAAUCUUCGACUGUAAACUCCAUCAUAGGGGAAAGGGUAGUUGCUGUCAAUGCUUUGCAGUCAGAAGGAACUAGACCUGUCAUGGUUUCACGCUCAUGGGCUGGAUUUACACUGAACAUAAUCGACACUCCUGGGCUCGUUGAAGGUGGAUAUGUCAAUGACCAGGCACUUGAGAUCAUCAAAAGGUUCCUUUUGAACAAGACCAUAGAUAUUUUGCUUUACGUGGACCGCCUAGAUGCAUAUAGAGUGGAUAACUUGGAUACGCAGAUUGUUAGAGCUAUAACUGAUAGUUUUGGUAAAGAAAUAUGGCAGAGAGGAUUGGUAGUCCUGACACAUGCUCAGCUCUCACCUCCUGAUGGUUUGAAUUAUGAGGAUUUCUCCUCUCAAAGAUCAAAGGCUCUUCUAAAAGUUGUUCGUCUGGGAGCUCGGAUGAAGAAGCAAGUUAUGCAGGUAAAGUUUGUCUCUUAAUUCUUUUGGAGAGUGGUUGAUUUGUGAAAGUUGUCUGAUGGGGGAAGCAUGGUUAACUUUAACAAAAGUAGUACAGAAGGUUACAUUUGAGUAUAAAACAUGGUCUAGAGUGUCGUCCCCAAAAAUGGAGCUCAUGAUGCAAAUAUAUAUCAGAAUUGGGUGUGCUUUAGCGAAAACCUUAGGCAACAAAGAUUGUAGGUGAGUUCAAAGAAUAUAUAACAGAAUUGUUUGCUAGGUCUUUUGUUUGCAUGUUGAAGAAAAGAGACUUUCAAAUUGUGUUCUAUGUCCAUCAAUAUCCCUGAACAUGAAGGUUUGUGUACGGUUUAUAGCAAGUUUAGAAGAUGGCUGCAUUCUCUUGUAAUGCUGAAAAAAGUGGUUCUACAUGUGUAUCUUGGAGUCCAGCGUUCAUGAAGGGUCACCAACGUUGUGGGCCAAACUACUACUGCUCUGGGACUUACGUCCAAAGUAUGGAAGAAAAUGAGGCUCAUUUCCGGGGCCCUUAAGAGAACCCAGAUUCAAGAGCGUCUAUCAAAUAGAUUUUAUCUGUAUGUGCCCGAUGAUUUUCCUACUCAUCUCAUUUAAUUUUUUCAAGGAGAAGUAGUCAUUGUUAAUUCAUUUCCUUGAGCCCAAAGGAAUUAGUUCAUUGCAGAAAUUUCAUUUUAUUUAUUUUGUGUAAAUUUCUUCCAAAAAUGGUCAGAGACCCAAUCCAGUGUGGUUUGCAAUUAAAACGGAUUCAAUGUUUAAGGCUAGUACCUGACAAAAUCACCCAAAGUAACACGUAGCUACAUGCCAAACAUAGGUGGUGGUGGACAUUUUUAUGGUCACAGCAACAGUAGUUCAAGUUUGUCACACCUCAUUUGGAAAGUCUCUAGUGUUCCAUGUGUUCAGCAUAGUUGAUCACCUGCAUAACAAUAGAAAAGUUAGUUGGCAUCUUUUUCUGAAAAAGUGGAGUUUCCAACUUGGCAGGGUUUGAUCCCACAAUUAUUAUAGGGAAAAUUACAAAUCAUAUAGAAGACCAAAAAUAAUUACAAAGACAUGGGGGUGCAACUUUUUCUGUGCAAUAAGAUCACAACGAAAGUUGCAGCCCCCACCUUUUGGUAAAUAAAUUCCCAAUUCCCACGUUCUUGUAAUUUCCCAUUAGUAUAUGGUGAAAAUAAGAUAUAUAAACCUCCCCUCCUGGCCAGUUGUAACUGCAAAUGAGUAUUUCCUUUUGAUCCAUCUGAAGGAGAUGGAGAGCCGUUAUCAAGAUAUUGAAGACUGUAUAUGCUGAUGGCUUUUGGUUCUCACUUGUGUUUUGUGUUAACGGACCUUAUCCUCCUUGUUUAAGUGAUGAAUCUUCACCUAUACAAUGUACGGAGGAGUGGUUAAUGACCUUAGUUGUGGCUUGAAUGGAGAAGCCCAAAUUUGACUUUUCAUUCACAUUAAAUAUAUAUUUUUUUUCGGACAAAAAAAUGAAAUUAUAUGAAUAACUUUAAUGCACAAUAUAUUGGAGUCUCCUUGUCUCCCCACCUAUGACGCAUGGACACUCCAAAAUCGGUGCCGUGGCGAUGUCCGACACUUGGACACGCUGGCGACACAAGGACACUUACGGACAUGGCAGGUUGUGUGUCCCUUUAACUUAAUGAUUUUUUUGUAGGGGACACG